ACGCAGUUAUUUUUUUAAAUACGAAACCACAUGUGAUGGAACACCAAUAUUAUGAUGGAACACAUGUGAUGGAACACCAAUAUUAUGAAUAUUGACUAGACAUUGUUAUUGUUUAUAUCAGUUGUAUAAUAUAGCUGCCGAAACUCAGCAGUAUAAAUUGUUUUGAAAAUUUAAGAAUGAAAUCAAAAUGACAGGGUUAGAAUAUUUUGGUGAAAAAAAUUCCCAAGAUAAUAUUAUAUCCAGUACUAAAAAUGUUUUACGCGGUUUGGAAACCCUUAAGAAUGAGCACAAUGGACUUAUGGAAAAGUUUGGAGACUUAACAGAUGCCAGUUACGAGACUUUUCACAGAGUUGAUUUUAUACGUAAGUCACUUGAGAAAAUAGAGUUGGGUCUUGGCGAAGGACAGGUCAUGAUAGCAUUAUGCAAUCAUUUAAGUCAGGUUGAAGCUGAAAAGCAAAAGUUAAAGGCACAAGUUCGUAGACUUUGCCAAGAAAAUGCAUGGUUGCGAGAAGAGUUGUCUACAGCUCAACAAAGGUUACAGUUGAGUGAGCAGACUGUUGUUCAAUUAGAAGAAGAAAAAAAACAUUUAGAGUAUAUGAAUUCUUUGAAAGUAUAUGAUGAAGAUAAGCCUCAGCCAGAUGAAGGAAUCGAUAGUGAUUUCCAUGAGGACAUUCCAGAUGAUGGUCAUGACUCUGAUAAAGAUGAAGAUGAUGCACUCAGUCAAGUUUCUUCUGUUACAAGUUCUGUUAAUAAUACUGGUGUCUAUGAAAUUCCUGCUCGUUUAAGAACUCUGCACAAUCUUGUAAUACAAUAUGCAUCACAGGGUCGAUAUGAAGUAGCUGUUCCACUUUGCAAACAAGCUCUUGAAGAUUUAGAAAAAACUUCAGGGCAUGAUCAUCCUGAUGUUGCAACUAUGUUAAACAUUCUUGCUUUAGUUUAUAGAGAUCAAAGUAAAUAUAAGGAGGCUGCCAAUCUUUUAAAUGAUGCUUUGGCUAUUCGUGAAAAAACUCUUGGUCCUGAUCAUCCAGCUGUUGCUGCUACUUUAAACAAUCUUGCAGUAUUGUAUGGUAAGCGAGGCAAAUAUAAAGAAGCUGAACCUCUUUGCAAAAGAGCACUAGAAAUAAGAGAAAAGGUUUUGGGAAAAAAUCAUCCUGAUGUCGCAAAACAGUUGAACAAUUUGGCGCUUCUCUGUCAAAAUCAAGGAAAAUAUGAUGAAGUGGAAAUGUAUUAUCAGCGAGCAUUAGAAAUAUAUGAAACACAACUGGGACCUGAUGAUCCAAAUGUAGCAAAAACCAAAAACAAUUUGGCCUCUGCUUAUCUUAAACAAGGGAAAUAUAAGGCUGCUGAGGGGUUAUAUAAACAGGUCCUUACUCGAGCACACGAACGAGAAUUUGGAAAAGAUGAUGAAAGUAGAAGAGGUAAAGAUAAUGCACCUUAUGGAGAAUAUGGAGGUUGGCAUAAAGCCGCCAAAGUAGACAGUCCAACAGUAACAACAACAUUGAGGAAUUUAUCAGCUUUGUACCGUAGACAAGGAAAAUAUGAAGCAGCAGAAACAUUAGAAGAUUGUGCAAAUCGCUCUAAAAAAAAUCCUAUAGACGUAAUGAGACAGUCGCAGUUAGCUAGCAUACUUGGAGCUGACAAUAGUAUGUCGCCACCUGUAUUAAACAAAAUAUCACCUAAAACUGAGGAAAUUUCUCCAGAAGAAGAAGAAAAACGACGCAAAGAUAAAACAACUUUAUCUCGACUUAAACGAACAUUUAGUAAUCGUGGACAAAAAUUAAUGGAAAAAAUUAGCUCUGGUAAUCUUAAACGAUCAUCAUCUAGAGAGAACCUUGGCUUAUCUUCUAAGGUUCCUCAAUCAGAACGAAUGUCAAGAAGUACAUCUCACUUGGCUUUAAUACCAAAUGAAAAGGUUAAUGCUGGACAAUACAAGUACACGACUAACGAUCGUAGUACUGUACCUCAAGAAACAGACGAGUUACUUUAGUAUACUGACAUUUAUAAUGACUGUUAACUACUUGUGAAACUGCAGAGUUUCAAACGACGGCAUAAACAUUAAUUUUGUGUUACUGCAGAGUUUCGUACGAAGGCAAGCACAAUAAUUUUGUGUAGUUGCAGAUGUUUGAAUUAUUGAUUUAUUGUUUUUAUAGAUUUUUCUAUUUUUUUUGUUUUGUUACUUUGAAUUUUUAAAUAUUAAAUUAUAUA